AUGGCAACCUUGAAGCACGAUUCGAAGUGUGGUGGCCAGAAUCACGACUUGAAGUUCAACGGUGUAGAUUUCUCAAGCUUGUUCGAGCGUGAUGUUCAUACUUCAGUUUUCUUUAGUGAUGGUUCUAUUCUGAGAUGUUGUAACUCAAAGGAACUCCUUGAAAAACACUUAAGUGUGACUGGCGGAAGAGUUUUAACUCGCUUUCCUCCUGAACCGAAUGGAUAUCUACACAUAGGCCAUGCCAAGGCAAUGUUUAUUGACUUUGGACUGGCAAAAGAGAGAGGUGGUGGCUGCUAUCUGAGGUUUGAUGACACAAAUCCGGAAGCUGAAAAGAAAGAAUAUAUUGAUCAUAUUCAAGAGAUUGUCAAUUGGAUGGGUUGGGAGCCCUACAAGAUCACUUACACUAGUGAUUACUUUCAAGAUCUGUAUGAAUUAGCAGUGGAGCUCAUACGAAGGGGUCAUGCUUACGUUGAUCAUCAGACGGGGGAUGAGAUAAAGGAGUACAGGGAGAAAAAAAUGAACAGCCCUUGGAGGGACAGGCCAAUUAAAGAGUCGCUGAAACUUUUUGAGGAUAUGAGGCGAGGCCUGAUUGAAGAAGGGAAGGCAACUCUAAGAAUGAAACAAGACAUGCAGAGCGAUAAUUUUAACAUGUAUGACCUUAUUGCAUAUCGUAUCAAGUUUACUCCUCAUCCACAUGCUGGAGACAGCUGGUGUAUCUAUCCCAGUUACGAUUAUGCUCACUGCAUUGUGGAUUCUCUUGAGAAUAUCACCCAUUCGCUGUGCACUUUAGAAUUUGAGACACGCCGUGCUUCAUACUACUGGUUAUUGCAUUCUCUGGGCCUAUAUCAACCACAUGUUUGGGAAUAUUCAAGACUGAAUGUCAGUAACACUGUUAUGUCGAAGCGUAAGUUAAAUCGACUAGUGACUGAAAAUUGGGUUGAUGGUUGGGAUGAUCCACGCCUUAUGACGCUGGCUGGUUUACGACGUAGGGGUGUGACGUCGAGUGCCAUUAAUACGUUUGUUAGAGGAAUUGGAAUCACCAGAAGUGAUUGUAGUAUGAUUCAUCUGAGUCGCCUCGAGUACCACAUCAGAGAAGAGCUCAAUAAAACAGCUCCUCGCACAAUGGUUGUGCUUGAUCCUGUAAAGGUCGUCAUUACCAACUGGAAAGAUGACCUCAUAAAGGACUGUGAAGCAAGAAAGUGGCCCGAUUCUGAGGCGGAGUCCUACAAGGUUCCAUUUUCCAAGGUGUUGUACAUUGAGCGCUCCGAUUUUCGCCUUAAAGACUCAAAAGACUACUUCGGACUUGCUCCUGGAAAAUCUGCCCUGCUUAGAUACGCAUGUCCUAUCAGGUGUGUGGAUGCAAAGGAUGUUGUUUUAGCCGAGGAUAAUGAGACUGUCCUUGAGAUACGGAUCGAGUAUGAUCCGGAGAAGAAGACAAAGCCAAAGCGGGUGCUGCAUUGGGUCGCUGAACCUUCUCCUGGGAUCGAUCCACUCAAAGUGGAAGUCCGAUUGUUUGACAGACUAUUCAAUUCAGAGAAUCCUGCUGAGCUUGAUGACUGGCUUUCUGAUUUGAAUGGAAAAUCGAAAGUGGUAAUACCAAAUGCAUUUGCUGUUCCCCCGCUUGAGAAAGGUGUUGGUGUUGGUGACAAGUUUCAGUUCGAAAGACUUGGCUAUUUUGUGGUCGACAAAGAUUCGACUCCUGAGAAGCUUGUGUUCAAUCGUACGGUCACACUGCGAGAUAGCUACAAGAGUGGGAAGUAGGUCAUCUUUGGAAUCAUCAGAAUAGAGAGGAAUGUGGGAAGUUGCUAUAAAGCAACAAUUGACAUGUUUCUUUUUUGUAUAUUUUGUUUAGACGGUUGAUGUUAGUUCAACCAUAUUUGUUGUGUAUAUAUCAAACCAAUUAUACAACGAAGUUAUAUAUACAGUUGACAUUGUUGUCAUC